GCGCCGCCCGUGCGCCGUCUGCUUCCUGCCUUCCCUCGGCCCGCGCGGCUUGGGACGGCCGCCGGGCGCUCCUCCGCGAACUUGAAGAAGCUGAAUGAGAUGGUCUAAGUUGUACUGACACUGACAGCCCUGAGAAGAACAUGCGAGUCACCAAAGACAACCUGAGGAGUCCGCAGUCUGCGGCCGAAGACCCAAGUGAUGACAGCGCAGACGACAGGCAAGGGAAGCUGCAUAAGAAAGCUGCAAAGCCCACACAGGACGUGGAGCAAGAAGCCCCGGAGACUAUGGAUGCGACACAGCAGGAAGUUCACACAAAGUCCCAGCCAGGAAACAAGGCAAAUGAAGCAAGAGAAAAAAGCGAGACUGAAGGGGAGGAAAGGAUAAACGCUUAUCAGCUCCAGGUUGCUGAAGAAAUGGCAAAGGAGAUUAAGAAGAAAAUAAGAAAGAAGCUGAAGGAACAGUUGACAUAUUUUCCCUCAGACACUUUAUUGCAUGAUGACAAAUUGAGCAGUGAGAAGAGAAAAAAGAAAAAAAAGAAAGUUCCAGUUCUGGAAAUGAGCACAUUGACAACCUGUGAUGAUGCGACUGAAAGUGAACCAAAGAAGGAAUGUCCACUUGAAACCAGGACUCCAGAUUCUCCACACGAUGAUGAAACAAGCCCAGCAGAGAAAAACACAGAUGACAUUGUGCCAGAUAAUAUAAAAUCCAAGCCAAAGAAACAAAAAAAGAAGAUUAAAACAGUUUCAGAGGAUAAUGAAGAGAUUGAUGGUGAUGGUGUUCAUGAAGUAACAAGCCGAGACAGUCCUGUUUUUCCUAAAUGUUUGCUGGAUGAUGACCUUGUCUUGGGAGUUUACAUUCACCGAACCGAUCGACUUAAAUCAGAUUUUCUUAUUUGUCACCCAAUGGUAAAGAUUCAUGUGAUUGAUGAAAAGACCGGUCAGUAUGUCAAGAAAGAUGAUAGUGAACGUCCUGUCUCAUCUUACUAUGAAAAAGACAACGUGGAUUAUAUUCUUCCUAUAAUGACCCAGCCGUAUGACUUUAAACAGCUAAAAUCAAGACUGCCAGAGUGGGAAGAACAAAUUAUAUUUAAUGAAAAUUUUCCCUAUUUGCUUCGAGAGUUUGAAGAGAGUCCAAAAGUCAUCCUGUUCUUUGAGAUUCUUGAUUUUUUAAGCAUGGAUGAAAUUAAGAAUAACUCUGAAGUUCAAAACCAAGAAUGUGGUUUUCGGAAAAUUGCUUGGGCAUUUCUUAAGCUUCUGGGAGCCAAUGGAAAUGCAAACAUCAAUUCAAAACUUCGUUUGCAGCUGUACUACCCACCAACUAAGCCUCGAUGCCAAUCAAAUGUUGUUGAGAUUUUUGAAUGGUGGUCCAAAUGCCCAAGAAACCGUUAUCCGUCAACAUUGUACGUAACUGUGCGAGGACUGAAAGUUCCAGACUGUAUAAAGCCCUCUUGCCGUUCCAUGAUGGCUCUUCAGGAGGAGAAAGGUACACCAGUGCACUGUGAACGUCACCAUGAGCCGAGCUCAGUAGAAACAGAACCUGGCUUAGAAGAUUCAAAGGAAGUAGUCAAGUGGAAGCGACUGCCUGGGCAGGCUUGCCGCAUACCCAACAAGCACCUGUUUUCACUGAACGCUGGAGAGCGAGGAUGUUUCUGUCUUGAUUUCUCCCACAAUGGAAGGAUCUUAGCAGCAGCCUGUGCCAGCCGAGAUGGAUACCCAAUUAUAUUAUAUGAAAUUCCUUCUGGACGUUUCAUGAGAGAAUUGUGUGGCCACCUCAAUAUCAUUUAUGACAUCUGCUGGUCCAAAGAUGAUCGCUACAUCCUCACUUCAUCAUCUGAUGGCACUGCCAGGGUAUGGAAAAAUGAAAUCAACAAUACAAAUACUUUCAGAGUUAUACCUCAUCCUUCUUUUGUUUACACGGCUAAAUUCCAUCCAGCUACAAGGGAGCUGGUGGUUACUGGCUGUUAUGAUUCUGUGAUACGGGUCUGGAAAAUUGAUAUGAGAGAUGAUGCUGCCAUAUUAGUCCGACAGUUUGAUACUCACAAGAGCUUUAUCAACUCUCUCUGUUUUGAUGAUGAAGGUCAUCACAUGUAUUCUGGAGACUGCACAGGGAUGGUGGUUGUUUGGGAUACUUAUGUGAAAGUUAAUGACUUGCAGCAUUCAGUACGCCACUGGACUGUAAAUAAGGAAAUUAAAGAAACUGAAUUCAAAGGAGUUCCAAUAAGUUACUUGGAGGUUCAUCCCAAUGGCAAACGGUUGUUAAUACAUACCAAAGAUAGUACGUUGCGAAUCAUGGAUCUGCGCAUAUUGGCAGCAAGGAAAUUUGUAGGUGCAGCAAAUUACAGGGAGAAAAUUCACAGUACUUUAACACCAUGUGGGACUUUCCUGUUUGCUGGAAGUGAAGAUGGCAUAGUCUAUGUUUGGAACCCAGAGACAGGAGAACAAGUAGCAAUGUAUUCUGACCUGCCAUUCAAGUCCCCCAUUCGAGAUAUAUCUUAUCAUCCUUUUGAAAACAUGGUUGCAUUUUGUGCAUUUGGACAGAAUGAGCCGAUUCUUCUUUAUAUCUAUGAUUUUCAUGUAGCCCAGCAAGAGGCUGAAAUGUUCAAACGCUAUAAUGGAACAUUACCAUUACCUGGCAUUCACCAAAGUCAGGAUGCCCUGUGUACCUGUCCUAAACUGCCCCAUCAAGGCACUUUUCAGAUCGAUGAUUUUGUCAACACAGAAAAUUCUUCAACCAAGAUUCAACUAGUGAAGCAGAGACUUGAAACUGUCACAGAGGUGAUUCGAUCCUGUGCUGCAAAAGUCAACAAGAAUCUCUCUCUUACUUCACCACCACCAGCCUCUUCACAGCAGCCCAAGGUGAAACAGCCAAAUCUGCUGACACCCGAUGACGUUCUGCACCACUUCAGUUUCGCUCCAGCUGGUAUUAUACACCUUCAUGGAAGGCCUUUUUCACGCCCUAUAGAUGAACCACCAAUGGUAGUGGCUCUCUAUGACUACACAGCCAGCCGAUCAGAUGAACUAAGCAUCCAUCGCGGAGACAUUAUCCGAGUGUUUUUCAAAGAUAAUGAAGACUGGUGGUAUGGCAGCUUAGGAAAGGGACAGGAAGGUUAUUUUCCAGCUAAUCAUGUGGCUAGUGAAACACUCUAUCAAGAGUCACCUCCAGAGGUGAAAGAGCGAUCCCCUCCUCUAACGCCCAAGGAAAAAACAAAAUUUGAAAAGCCUCCAGCUUCUCAAAAGCAGUCAGUCAAUAAGGACAAAUCCCAAGAUUUCAGACUGGGCUCACAGUCUGUGACACAUUCUGAACAAAACCGGGAAGACCGAGGACACAAAGCAGAUAUACAAACAAAGAGAUGUGAGUCAGGAAGCCGGAAAAUCACCCUAAUAGAGUAAAGAGUUGGAAAAGAAUGAAGACUGAUGUACAGAAAUGAAAUGACAAACUCAGCCGAAUGGAAUAUCUCAUAAAAAGAAGGAAAGGAGGGGUCUGCUCUUUCUUGUCUUUAUGAAAAAAGUCUAGAAAAAUCAGAAGUGAGGUUUGGGUUAAAAAAAUCAUUGUGGCCUUCGAGCUUAAUUGUUAUAAACCAUAUAACUGUUGUUGGUCAAAGUAUUGGUAGUUGUAUUAUUAGUAACAGCAUUAAAAUCCCAUUGUUAUUGUUGGAAAACCUCUAAGGAAAAAAAAACUAUAAUUGCUACCCAGAAAAAGUGAAUGAAAAGUCUUUGCAUUGUUAAGAUGUCAGUUGAGUAACUCUCCAAUAUUAUUAUGUCUGUAUUGUGGUUGUGUGUUGUUGUGCUCAGAUUUUAUCAAGUACUUGUUUUUAAAAUGAACUUUAUUUAAAAGAUAAACAGCUUCUAGAUACUGUGGAUUCAAAAUAGUCCCAGUAGCAAAGGUGUUAAAAAGAAGCAAUUUACUGUUUAGGCUUGAAAUUUUGUGUUGCUUUUCAGUGAAUUAUAUAUGUAACUUGAUACACCUAAACUGAAUGAUUUUUUGACUGGACUAAAGGUAUUGUUCUAAAUUCCUUUAAUUUGUAAAAA